AUGGGAAAGAGAGCUCGAAAUCCCUCGAAGAAGUUUCAACAAGCUGUGCACUUAGAUGAUGAUGGUGAUGAUGAAGAAGCCGAUGGAGAAUAUCACGGAGAAGCUAACGAUGAUGAGGAGCAGGUUUUAGGAAAUGAGUUAGAGUUUUGUGAUGUUGAUCGGGAAAUGGAGAAUGAAUUCACUGAAGAGGAUGUGGUUGUAGGUUCAAUCUCUGGAAUGCGAUUUAGAGAUAAAGAUACUUUGUUUGCAUUCUACAAAGAACAUGCACGACUGAGAGGAUUCUCCGUCUUCAAAAGAAAUUUAAAUCAGAAGGGUGGUGACACUGCUAGGUAUAUAACCUACUGUUGUGAUAGGACUAGGAUUCGCAAAAUCAAGUUUACCACCAAGAGUAACUAUUGUAAAGCUAGGCUAGCUGCUAUUUUGGAUGAUUCUGGUUGUUGGCGCGUCUCUAAGGUUGUUCACGAUCACAAUCAUGAUUUUCUCCCAUCCGUAUCACGGCUGAUGGCUGGACAUAGGUUUGUUUGUGAUUCUUUGAAGAGGGAUCUUGUAGCUUACGAUCGAUCUGGCAUUAGACCCUCCAAGAAUAUUAGACUUACUGAGGUUCAACGUGGUGGACCGCAAAAUUUGGGUUGCACUCCAAAGGAUUGUAAAAAUUAUAUUUUGAAGAGUGGGAAUUUUGAAAUGCAAGAAGGGGACACACAGUCGCUGCUCAACUUUUUUCAUGAAAUCCAG